GGUCGGGCAGUCCAAGGCGCGCGCUCAGAGGCGGCGGACAGUGCGGAAGGGUGGAAACGAAGCGACAGGCUGUGGAAAACGAUUGUGCGGUCGCAGAGGUGACGGACAAAGCGAGAGAGUGGGAAUCGAGCGUCGAGCUAAGCGCUGUAAAACGAGCGAGCAGGAAAAGUAGACAAGGCCGGGAGACAGGUUUGUGGAGCGACAGAGUACCUGGUGCUCAGCAGAGGGGGACCAAGGGAGACGGACAUGGCCGGCGGUAUGUCGGCUGGCAGUCUCUGUGGCCGGGAUGUGGGCUGGCGGACGGCGCUGGCCGUCCUGCUGCUGCUGGUCCUGCUGCUGGUCGGGCCCAGCGCCGCCUACCCGUCCCGCUACUCGAGCAGCCAGCGGGCGCAGCUGGACGCCGCCAAACGGGCCAACUCACGAGGUGCAAUCCGGGUACAACCGAAGGCAGAUCGUUUCUACCUUGGGCCGCGCUUCGGAAAACGGUCUGAAGUUCCUGCAGACUAUGGAGUGGCCGAGUCGGGCCCGGUGGAUCUGACUGAGGCCGAGCUGACUGAUACAGACCAGUUCAACUUCCGCUGCUCUCUGGUAGAAGCAGACCGAGUCUACAGAUGUCGUCUAGGUUUGGAGUCUCCGCGACUGCCAGCCGAGUGACGCUGAAAUCAGUCCGUCUUCGCCGGAGACAAAGCAGCCUUACCAGGGCAACAAUCAGCCUCUGACAGCCAUUGAGGGGUCAGCGCCGCAGCCAGGGGUCAGAGGCCGCGGUAAGAGGUCAGAGGCCGCGGUCAGAGGUCAAACAGAGGUCAGAGGUCACGGCAGCCAUCUCGGUACACUACGAAAAAUACCGACAGAGGUGUCACAGUGCGGCGUGCCCUUGUCAAAAACCGCGGUGUCGGACCUCCGCUCGGCCGGCGACAAGAUACACACAACCCCGAGGCUGGCGUGCGACCAGAAUACCUCCAAACGCUGGUCUCCUGCCUGCCCGCGGGUCACUCGUUACUGUGAGUGGAGAUGUCGGCGAAAUGCGCUCCCUUCGUAACGAUUCUGGACGCUUUCUGGGCGGCGCAGACACGUUCCUCUCGACUCUGUAGUUACGAUGAUGUUACAGCUGUGGCUAAAUAAUAUACGUUUGAUGAUGAACA